AUGAUGAUCUAUGCUGACGGUAAUGAUAAAGAAGAGAUUGAAGCAAAUAUGAUCUACGGUGGUUAUAUUGCACGACUCUCAAGAAUGAUAUGCUUCUUGUUGUUUGGGAUCUUCAUUGGUGAGUUUUUCUUAGCAACAGUAAUACCUGUUAAAAAUGAAGCUAAUGAAUUGACUUCUGGUGAUAAAAGAAUACCAGAUUAUAUUAUUCAAAGAGAUUCUGAAGCACUGGCGAAUGAUGUCGAGUGGAUAGCUAGAAUAUUUAUUCGAAUUACAAUCACACUAACUGCUAUGGUGUCGUGCAGAUUUCGUUGUCUUCUCCUAUUAAUAAUUCCAAGCUUAGCUCAGACAAUCGGUUUGUCCUAUUUAGGCAAUGAAUUGUUAUAUGUGUCUAUAACAGGACCCAUUCAAAAUUUGGAACAUAAUCUUCGUUCAGCGUCUGAAUCAAUAAUUUGUUUCAUUAAACUAGCCUACAAUAUUACAAGGGAUAUAAACAAUUUUCUGGAGAAGGGUAAAGAAGUAAUUGAAUCAGAAGGAGAUUUAAAUUAUAUUGAGACUAUUAAAGUUAGAUCUGCUCAACUUAAAGAAAAAAUAAACAAAUAUAACCAAUCAAUUCAAAAUAUCAAUGCGGAAAUUGAAAAUGCGAAAACCAUGGUGAAACGUGCUGAAUCUUUUCUUGGCUCAAGUAUUAAUGAAACAAAUGUAUAUGCCCGUAUGUCUAUGGAAAUGGCUAAACAGGCUAAGCAUGAAAUGAUUAAAAAAGCUGAAGCAAGUAAAGAUAGCAUUAUUACAAUGUUGAAAGACAAAAAUAUCAAUAAAAGUAUAAUAAAACAAAUAACUGAUCGUAUUGAGAAUGGCUUACAAUUAGAAUACAGUAUAGAAACUCGUAUGCAAACAACAUGUAUGGUCUUCUACAAAACACGUGCAAUGAUAUGUGAACAAUCAUCAAUUAAAGCAUGUAGUCGUUUACAAACUAUUCUCAUUGCAACAACACGCUAUCCCUUAUUGAUAAAAAAUACUUGUCUACGAAAAAUUGCUUCCGGUAUAGCGUGUCCAACUGAUCAAACACUUGAAAAUGCAAUAAAUCAGUGUAGUUCAAGUUUAGCAAAAAUAGGCUAUUCUAGUGGAUUUGGUUCUUUAUUUUUACAAGCUCAACAAGAUUUAUAUAAUAUUAAACAAACAUUUCACUUUACCAUACAACAUAGAUUGUUUCAAUUUGAACAAAUCACUAAUUGGUUUCAUCAAAGAUCUACAGUUAUUGAUCGUGUAACUCAACAUACCAAAGAAAUCAUAUAUAUUAUUGUUAAACUAAGUUUAAUUUUAACUUAUUUAUUAAGAACCAUUUGUUUAAUUGUAUUUUAUAAAGCUCAUAUUUAUAUAACAAAUUAUUUAUUAGAUCCAGAUCAUGAUAAUAUUUACAUUGAAUCACCAUUUGAAGAAAUUGAUCAUAAACGUUCAAAACAAUCACGUGAAACAUUACUACCAUUAAAAACAUAUGAAUUAAGCAAUGUAAUAUGGCAUCAAAAAAUGUAUACAACAAUUGAAUUAAAACGUGUAAUUCAAAGUUUAAUUAAAGUAAUUGGUUUCGGUUUUUGUUUAUCUAUAUUAUUCUUUAUUGAUUUUUAUAUAACAGAACUCGUUCAAUUAUUAGAUGAAAUAUCAAGUACCACAAUUAAAAUUGGCAAACAAAUAAAUAAUAAUAAAAAUGAUACAUUUCAACAAAUUGAUUCAAUAUCAAAUCAUUUUAAAUUCAUUUUAAAAGGUGAUGGAAUAUUUACUGAAUUACUUCAAAAAACCAUCAAGAUUUUACAAUAUGCUAGUGACAUAAAUUUUAUUUAUCACUUAGAUAUAUGUAGUCCUAAUGUUGAAUUCACAAAGUCUAAAUCUGUUAUACGUUUUAUUAUAUUAUGGUUUAUAAUGAUAAUUCUUUGUUUAUUAUCUGGUUAUAUAUUACGUUUAAGACAUAAAUUAUUAAAUAGUUUCUAUCCGAAUUGUUCAAAAUAUCGUUUUAUUUAUUUAUAUAAUAAAUUAUUAGUGAAUAGACGAUGUCAAAUGACCACGGUACGUAAUCGAAUUGUUUAUCAAUCACGACAUAAUCAAUUACAAUCAGAAAUGAUAAAGUGUUCAUCUCAUUCAUUAUUACAUAAUUUAUUUAAGAAAAAGAAUAAAAUUCAUUGUAUUAUAUGUAUGGAAAAAUAUAUAAUAAAUAAAAAUUCAUUAUUAUAUAUAUGCCCAUAUGAUAAUACAGUCAUAUGUCAAUAUUGUUUAAUUACUUUAUUUAAUAAUCAUAAACUAUGUAUUACUUGUUUAGAUAGAAAUUAUGAAAAAUUACAAAAAAUUAAUAAUAAUAUUACAAUAUUAAAACAAAUUAUAAUGAAUCAAUAAAUGAAAUGGUUAACAACAACAACAACACCCCAAAAAAUACAAUUUUUUGUUUGUUGUUGAUUAAAUGAAUUCAACAUAGAAACAAUAGAUCAAUAAUUAAACCUAAUGAAAUCUACAUGUAAAUUAUCAUUUAUGAAUUGAUGUUUGAUUUUUGUGUGUGUGUGUGUAUGUGUGUACUUAUAAUUAUAAAUAACAUUUGAUUGUUUUGUUCUGUUUUCUAUUUGAAUUUAUACAAUAUUUUAUUGUUUAAA